AUGGCUGUGGCUACUAAUUUUCAUCCAAAAUGGGUUUCUGUCAGUGCUCUUCUUCUCUGCAUUCUUCUUCACUUCAGUGUUGCCACUCUUGUUCUUGGAGAUCAGAAGCUUGACAAACAAAUAUUCGGAGAUGGGUUGGGCCGUCGUGGUGCCGGAGGCGGUGGCGGCUUUGGUGGCGGAGGAGGAGGUGGACUUGGAGGUGGGUCAGGUCGCGGUGGAGGUUUUGGAGCUGGAGGAGGUGUAGGUGGUGGUGCUGGGGGAGGCAUCGGUGGUGGAGGAGGAGGUGGAGGCGGCGGUGGUGGAGGAGGAGGUGGAUUGGGUGGUGGCUCCGGACACGGUGGAGGUUUUGGAGCAGGAGGUGGUGUUGGUGGAAGUAUAGGUGGUGGAGCGGGUGGAGGUGGAGGGGGUGGAGGAGGAGGAGGAGGUGGUGGUGGAUUAGGUGGAGGUUCUGGACACGGGGGAGGAUUUGGUGGUGGUGUUGGCGUAGGAGGUGGUGUUGGUGGGGGAAUUGGUGGCGGUGGAGGAGGUGGUAGUGGUGGAGGUGGGGGAAUAGGUGGAGGUUCAGGUCAUGGUGGUGGGUUUGGAGCAGGAGGUGGUGUAGGGGGUGGAGGAAUUGGUGGAGGAGGGGGAGGUGGCGGUGGAGGAGGUGGAGGUGGAGGAGGUGGGAUAGGUGGAGGUUCGGGGCAUGGUGGAGGGUUUGGUGCAGGAGGAGGAGGAGGAGGAGGUCGUGGCGGUGGUGGAGGGAUUGGUAUUGGAAUUGGCAUUGGAGUAGGAAUUGGGGUUGGAGGUGGUAAAGGUAGUGGUUCCGGUGUUGGUGUUGGAGGAGGUGGCGGGGGUAAACAUUAA